AUGCCUGGUGUAAAUCUACUACGAAAUCGAGCUCGAAAAGUAUAUAAAGAGCUCAUCAACCUCUCACCUCAUCAUCCGGAUCCAAACUAUCAGUUGGCCAGAAAGACACGUGAAUGCUUUAGGUCAACAAUGUCUCGAUUAGAGUCACUUCAAGACCAACAAACGAAAGAAGAUGAAUUGGCAAGGGCGGUGGCCAAAGCUCAAUGGAUUAGGAAAGAAGUCGAGGCGUUGAUAUUCUUGGCUAGGUAUCGCGAAUUGAAACGUAGAUACGGUGAUACUCGACAUUUAGAAUGA